AUGCACGGUCGACCGCGAGUGACGGUGAAGGCUGAGGGCAGCGCGGCGGGACAGCAGAAGGCGGCGGAGUCGAACAAGAAGGCUCUUCGGCUGCGCGCCUUGCAGGAGAAGGUGCUGACUUCUAUCCCCACCAGUUAUUCGCCCGAGGCACUAGCCGCCAGCGCUGCUCUGCUGGAGCAGAGCCUCGACGUCUACUCGCCUGAGGCUCUAGCAGCCAGCGCAACUCUCCUAGAGCAGAACCCUGACGUGUAUGUGGCGUGGAACUACCGCAAGAAGGCUCCCUUCUUCUCCUUCUCCCCUCCCUCUUUGCCUUUCAGUUACUCGCCAGAAGCACUAGCCGCCAGCGCUGCUCUCUUAGAACAAAACCCUGACGUGUAUGUCACGUGGAACUACCGCAAGAAGGCGUUUGCCCACCGAUGCGGUGCUCUGGAGGCAGGGGAGGGUGGGAGCAGGGAGGGGAAAGCGGUGCAGAGGGGUUUGGAGGUGAAAGAGGGGGAGAAGGAGGCGCAGGGGAAAGAGGGGCAGGGGGAGGGGGGGAAAGAGGCGCAAGGAGAGGGGGGAUCAGGGGGGGGAGAGGUGGGGACGGAUGGGGCAAUGGGUGAGGCGGAGAGUGCAGGAGGGAGGGGUGACAAGAGGGGAGAGAGUGAAGUUGAGGGGAAGAAUGAUGGGAAGCAGGGAGAGGAGCAGGAGAGGGUGGAACGGGAGCGAGAGGAAAAGGCGAAGAAGGAAGAAGAGAAGAAGAUAGAGGAAAGGAAGAUAGAGGAACGGAAGAUAGAGGAAUGGAAGAUAGAGGAACGGAAGAUAGAGGAACGGAAGAUCGAAGAAGCUAAGGGGAAGCUAGCAGACGAAGAGCUGAAGCUGAUAGAAGCAGCCCUACGGACCAACCCCAAGUGCUACGGCGCCUGGCACCACCGCAAGUGGCUCUUCGCCCUCUCCUCCACCGAGCCUCUCCCAAGCCUCGGAGCCAACCUCGGGCCGAGCCUGCAGCAGGUUCGGAUCAAUCUGCGGACGGAGGCUCGGAUCGCCCGGGAGCAGAAGCUGUUGGGGAUGAUGCUGAGUGCCGAUGAUCGGAACUUCCAUGCCUGGGACUACUGGAGUUCCACCCAUCUCAUCUUCUCAGUUCCACCCAUCUCAUCUUCUCAGUUCCACCCAUCUCAUCUUCUCAGUUCCACCCAUCUCAUCUUGUCAGUUCCACCCAUCUCAUCUUGUCAGUUCCACCCAUCUCAUCUUGUCAGUUCCACCCAUCUCAUCUUGUCAGUUCCACCCAUCUCAUCUUGUCAGUUCCACCCAUCUCAUCUUGUCAGUUCCACCCAUCUCAUCGUCUCAGUUCCACCCAUCUCAUCUUCUCAGUUCCACCCAUCUCAUCUUCUCAGUUCCACCCAUCUCAUCUUCUCAGUUCCACCCAUCUCAUCUUGUCAGUUCCACCCAUCUCAUCUUCUCAGUUCCACCCAUCUCAUCUUCUCAGUUCCACCCAUCUCAUCUUGUCAGUUCCACCCAUCUCAUCUUUUCAGUUCCACCCAUCUCAUCUUCUCAGUUCCACCCAUCUCAUCUUGUCAGUUCCACCCAUCUCAUCUUGUCAGUUCCACCCAUCUCAUCUUGUCAGUUCCACCCAUCUCAUCUUGUCAGUUCCACCCAUCUCAUCUUGUCAGUUCCACCCAUCUCAUCUUCUCAGUUCCACCCAUCUCAUCUUCUCAGUUCCACCCAUCUCAUCUUGUCAGUUCCACCCAUCUCAUCUUGUCAGUUCCACCCAUCUCAUCUUGUCAGUUCCACCCAUCUCAUCUUCUCAGUUCCACCCAUCUCAUCAUCUCAGUUCCACCCAUCUCAUCUUGUCAGUUCCACCCAUCUCAUCUUGUCAGUUCCACCCAUCUCAUGUUCUCAGUUCCACCCAUCUCAUCUUAUCAGUUCCACCCAUCUCAUCUUCUCAGUUCCACCCAUCUCAUCUUCUCAGUUCCACCCAUCUCAUCUUGUCAGUUCCACCCAUCUCAUCUUCUCAGUUCCACCCAUCUCAUCUUCUCAGUUCCACCCAUCUCAUCUUGUCAGUUCCACCCAUCUCACCUUUUCAGUUCCACCCAUCUCAUCUUCUCAGUUCCACCCAUCUCAUCUUGUCAGUUCCACCCAUCUCAUCUUGUCAGUUCCACCCAUCUCAUCUUGUCAGUUCCACCCAUCUCAUCUUGUCAGUUCCACCCAUCUCAUCUUGUCAGUUCCACCCAUCUCAUCUUCUCAGUUCCACCCAUCUCAUCUUCUCAGUUCCACCCAUCUCAUCUUGUCAGUUCCACCCAUCUCAUCUUGUCAGUUCCACCCAUCUCAUCUUGUCAGUUCCACCCAUCUCAUCUUCUCAGUUCCACCCAUCUCAUCUUGUCAGAUCCACCCAUCUCAUCUUCUCAGUUCCACCCAUCUCAUCUUCUCAGUUCCGCCCAUCUCAUCUUCUCAGUUCCACCCAUCUCAUCUUCUCAGAUCCACCCAUCUCAUCUUCUCAGUUCCACCCAUCUCAUCUUCUCAGAUCCACCCAUCUCAUCUUCUCAGUUCCACCCAUCUCAUCUUCUCAGUUCCACCCAUCUCAUCUUCUCAGAUCCACCCAUCUCAUCUUCUCAGUUCCACCCAUCUCAUCUUCUCAGUUCCGCCCAUCUCAUCUUCUCAGUUCCACCCAUCUCAUCUUCUCAGUUCCACCCAUCUCAUCUUCUCAGUUCCACCCAUCUCAUCUUCUCAGUUCCACCCAUCUCAUCUUCUCAGUUCCACCCAUCUCAUCUUCUCAGUUCCACCCAUCUCAUCUUCUCAGUUCCACCCAUCUCAUCUUCUCAGUUCCACCCAUCUGAUCUUCUCAGUUCCACCCAUCUCAUCUUGUCAGUUCCACCCAUCUCAUCUUGUCAGUUCCACCCAUCUCAUCUUGUCAGUUCCACCCAUCUCAUCUUCUCAGUUCCACCCAUCUCAUCUUGUCAGUUCCACCCAUCUCAUCUUGUCAGUUCCACCCAUCUCAUCUUCUCAGUUCCACCCAUCUCAUCAUCUCAGUUCCACCCAUCUCAUCUUGUCAAUUCCACCCAUCUCAUCUUGUCAGUUCCACCCAUCUCAUGUUCUCAGUUCCACCCAUCUCAUCUUAUCAGUUCCACCCAUCUCAUCUUCUCAGUUCCACCCAUCUCAUCUUCUCAGUUCCACCCAUCUCAUCUUCUCAGUUCCACCCAUCUCAUCUUCUCAGUUCCACCCAUCUCAUCUUCUCAGUUCCACCCAUCUCAUCUUCUCAGUUCCACCCAUCUCAUCUUGUCAGUUCCACCCAUCUCAUCUUCUCAGUUCCACCCAUCUCAUCUUGUCAGUUCCACCCAUCUCAUCUUCUCAGUUCCACCCAUCUCAUCUUGUCAGUUCCACCCAUCUCAUCUUCUCAGUUCCACCCAUCUCAUCUUCUCAGUUCCACCCAUCUCAUCUUGUCAGUUCCACCCAUCUCAUCUUGUCAGUUCCACCCAUCUCAUCUUGUCAGUUCCACCCAUCUCAUCUUCUCAGUUCCACCCAUCUAAUCUUCUCAGUUCAACCCAUCUCAUCUUCUCAGUUCCACCCAUCUCAUCUUCUCAGUUCCACCCAUCUCAUCUUGUCAGUUCCACCCAUCUCAUCUUGUCAGUUCCACCCAUCUCAUCUUCUCAGUUCCACCCAUCUCAUCUUGUCAGUUCCACCCAUCUCAUCUUGUCAGUUCCACCCAUCUCAUCUUGUCAGUUCCACCCAUCUCAUCUUCUCAGUCCACCCAUCUCAUCUUGUCAGUUCCACCCAUCUCAUCUUCUCAGUUCCACCCAUCUCAUCUUGUCAGUUCCACCCAUCUCAUCUUCUCAGUUCCACCCAUCUCAUCUUGUCAGUUCCACCCAUCUCAUGUUCUCAGUUCCACCCAUCUCAUCUUAUCAGUUCCACCCAUCUCAUCUUCUCAGUUCCACCCAUCUCAUCUUCUCAGAUCCACCCAUCUCAUCUUCUCAGUUCCACCCAUCUCAUCUUGUCAGUUCCACCCAUCUCAUCUUCUCAGUUCCACCCAUCUCAUCUUGUCAGUUCCACCCAUCUCAUCUUCUCAGUUCCACCCAUCUCAUCUUGUCAGUUCCACCCAUCUCAUCUUCUCAGUUCCACCCAUCUCAUCUUGUCAGUUCCACCCAUCUCAUCUUCUCAGUUCCACCCAUCUCAUCUUCUCAGUUCCACCCAUCUCAUCUUGUCAGUUCCACCCAUCUCAUCUUGUCAGUUCCACCCAUCUCAUCUUGUCAGUUCCACCCAUCUCAUCUUCUCAGUUCCACCCAUCUCAUCUUCUCAGUUCCACCCAUCUCAUCUUCUCAGUUCCACCCAUCUCAUCUUCUCAGUUCCACCCAUCUAAUCUUCUCAGUUCAACCCAUCUCAUCUUCUCAGUUCCACCCAUCUCAUCUUCUCAGUUCCACCCAUCUCAUCUUGUCAGUUCCACCCAUCUCAUCUUGUCAGUUCCACCCAUCUCAUCUUCUCAAUUCCACCCAUCUCAUCUUCUCAGUUCCACCCAUCUCAUCUUGUCAGUUCCACCCAUCUCAUCUUGUCAGUUCCACCCAUCUCAUCUUCUCAGUUCCACCCAUCUCAUCUUGUCAAUUCCACCCAUCUCAUCUUGUCAGUUCCACCCAUCUCAUCUUCUCAGUUCCACCCAUCUCAUCUUGUCAGUUCCACCCAUCUCAUCUUGUCAGUUCCACCCAUCUCAUCUUGUCAGUUCCACCCAUCCCAUCUUGUCAGUUCCACCCAUCUCAUCUUGUCAGUUCCACCCAUCUCAUCUUCUCAGUUCCACCCAUCUCAUCUUCUCAGUUCCACCCAUCUCAUCUUGUCAGUUCCACCCAUCUCAUCUUGUCAGUUCCACCCAUCUCAUCUUGUCAGUUCCACCCAUCUCAUCUUGUCAGUUCCACCCAUCUCAUCUUGUCAGUUCCACCCAUCUCAUCUUCUCAGUUCCACCCAUCUCAUCUUGUCAGUUCCACCCAUCUCAUCUUCUCAGUUCCACCCAUCUCAUCUUGUCAGUUCCACCCAUCUCAUCUUGUCAGUUCCACCCAUCUCAUCGUCUCAGUUCCACCCAUCUCAUGUUCUCAGUUCCACCCAUCUCAUCUUCUCAGUUCCACCCAUCUCAUCUUGUCAGUUCCACCCAUCUCAUCUUGUCAGUUCCACCUAUCUCAUCUUGUCAGUUCCACCCAUCUCAUCUUGUCAGUUCCACCCAUCUCAUCUUGUCAGUUCCACCCAUCUCAUCUUCUCAGUUCCACCCAUCUCAUCGUCUCAGUUCCACCCAUCUCAUCUUCUCAGUUCCACCCAUCUCAUCUUCUCAGUUCCACCCAUCUCAUCUUCUCAGUUCCACCCAUCUCAUCCUGUCAGUUCCACCCAUCUCAUCUUGUCAGUUCCACCCAUCUCAUCUUGUCAGUUCCACCCAUCUUAUCUUGUCAGUUCCACCCAUCUCAUCUUCUCAGUUCCACCCAUCUCAUCUUGUCAGUUCCACCCAUCUCAUCUUGUCAGUUCCACCCAUCUCAUCUUCUCAGUUCCACCCAUCUCAUCUUCUCAGUUCCACCCAUCUCAUCUUCUCAGUUCCACCCAUCUAAUCUUCUCAGUUCCACCCAUCUCAUCUUCUCAGUUCCACCCAUCUCAUCUUCUCAGUUCCACCCAUCUCAUCUUCUCAGUUCCACCCAUCUCAUCUUCUCAGUUCCACCCAUCUCAUCUUCUCAGUUCCACCCAUCUCAUCUUGUCAGUUCCACCCAUCUCAUCUUGUCAGUUCCACCCAUCUCAUCUUGUCAGUUCCACCCAUCUCAUCUUCUCAGUUCCACCCAUCUCAUCUUUUCAGUUCCACCCAUCUCAUCUUGUCAGUUCCACCCAUCUCAUCUUCUCAGUUCCACCCAUCUCAUCAUCUCAGUUCCACCCAUCUCAUCUUGUCAGUUCCACCCAUCUCAUCUUGUCAGUUCCACCCAUCUCAUGUUCUCAGUUCCACCCAUCUCAUCUUAUCAGUUCCACCCAUCUCAUCUUCUCAGUUCCACCCAUCUCAUCUUCUCAGUUCCACCCAUCUCAUCUUCUCAGAUCCACCCAUCUCAUCUUCUCAGUUCCACCCAUCUCAUCUUGUCAGUUCCACCCAUCUCAUCUUCUCAGUUCCACCCAUCUCAUCUUGUCAGUUCCACCCAUCUCAUCUUCUCAGUUCCACCCAUCUCAUCUUGUCAGUUCCACCCAUCUCAUCUUCUCAGUUCCACCCAUCUCAUCUUGUCAGUUCCACCCAUCUCAUCUUCUCAGUUCCACCCAUCUCAUCUUCUCAGUUCCACCCAUCUCAUCUUGUCAGUUCCACCCAUCUCAUCUUGUCAGUUCCACCCAUCUCAUCUUGUCAGUUCCACCCAUCUCAUCUUCUCAGUUCCACCCAUCUCAUCUUCUCAGUUCCACCCAUCUCAUCUUGUCAGUUCCACCCAUCUCAUCUUGUCAGUUCCACCCAUCUCAUCUUCUCAGUUCCACCCAUCUCAUCUUGUCAGUUCCACCCAUCUCAUCUUCUCAGUUCCACCCAUCUCAUCUUCUCAGUUCCACCCAUCUCAUCUUCUCAGUUCCACCCAUCUCAUCUUCUCAGUUCAACCCAUCUCAUCUUCUCAGUUCCACCCAUCUCAUCUUCUCAGUUCCACCCAUCUCAUCUUGUCAGUUCCACCCAUCUCAUCUUCUCAGUUCCACCCAUCUCAUCUUCUCAGUUCCACCCAUCUCAUCUUCUCAGUUCAACCCAUCUCAUCUUCUCAGUUCCACCCAUCUCAUCUUCUCAGUUCCACCCAUCUCAUCUUGUCAGUUCCACCCAUCUCAUCUUCUCAGUUCCACCCAUCUCAUCUUCUCAGUUCCACCCAUCUCAUCUUCUCAGUUCCACCCAUCUCAUCUUCUCAGAUCCACCCAUCUCAUCUUCUCAGUUCCACCCAUCUCAUCUUGUCAGUUCCACCCAUCUCAUCUUCUCAGUUCCACCCAUCUCAUCUUGUCAGUUCCACCCAUCUCAUCUUCUCAGUUCCACCCAUCUCAUCUUGUCAGUUCCACCCAUCUCAUCUUCUCAGUUCCACCCAUCUCAUCUUCUCAGUUCCACCCAUCUCAUCUUGUCAGUUCCACCCAUCUCAUCUUGUCAGUUCCACCCAUCUCAUCUUGUCAGUUCCACCCAUCUCAUCUUGUCAGUUCCACCCAUCUCAUCUUCUCAGUACCACCCAUCUCAUCUUGUCAGUUCCAUCCAUCUCAUCUUGUCAGUUCCACCCAUCUCAUCUUCUCAGUUCCACCCAUCUCAUCUUCUCAGUUCCACCCAUCUCAUCUUCUCAGUUCCACCCAUCUCAUCUUCUCAGUUCCACCCAUCUCAUCUUGUCAGUUCCACCCAUCUCAUCUUGUCAGUUCCACCCAUCUCAUCUUGUCAGUUCCACCCAUCUCAUCUUCUCAGUUCCACCCAUCUCAUCUUGUCAGUUCCACCCAUCUCAUCUUGUCAGUUCCACCCAUCUCAUCUUCUCAGUUCCACCCAUCUCAUCAUCUCAGUUCCACCCAUCUCAUCUUGUCAGUUCCACCCAUCUCAUCUUGUCAGUUCCACCCAUCUCAUGUUCUCAGUUCCACCCAUCUCAUCUUAUCAGUUCCACCCAUCUCAUCUUCUCAGUUCCACCCAUCUCAUCUUCUCAGUUCCACCCAUCUCAUCUUCUCAGUUCCACCCAUCUCAUCUUCUCAGAUCCACCCAUCUCAUCUUCUCAAUUCCACCCAUCUCAUCUUCUCAGUUCCACCCAUCUCAUUUUGUCAGUUCCACCCAUCUCAUCUUCUCAGUUCCACCCAUCUCAUCUUGUCAGUUCCACCCAUCUCAUCUUCUCAGUUCCACCCAUCUCAUCUUCUCAGUUCCACCCAUCUCAUCUUGUCAGUUCCACCCAUCUCAUCUUCUCAGUUCCACCCAUCUCAUCUUGUCAGUUCCACCCAUCUCAUCUUCUCAGUUCCACCCAUCUCAUCUUCUCAGUUCCACCCAUCUCAUCUUGUCAGUUCCACCCAUCUCAUCUUGUCAGUUCCACCCAUCUCAUCUUGUCAGUUCCACCCAUCUCAUCUUCUCAGUUCCACCCAUCUCAUCUUCUCAGUUCCACCCAUCUCAUCUUCUCAGUUCCACCCAUCUCAUCUUCUCAGUUCCACCCAUCUCAUCUUCUCAGUUCAACCCAUCUCAUCUUCUCAGUUCCACCCAUCUCAUCUUCUCUGUUCCACCCAUCUCAUCUUGUCAGUUCCACCCUUCUCAUCUUGUCAGUUCCACCCAUCUCAUCUUCUCAGUUCCACCCGUCUCAUCUUCUCAGUUCCACCCAUCUCAUCUUCUCAGUUCCACCCAUCCCAUCUUGUCAGUUCCACCCAUCUCAUCUUCUCAGUUCCACCCAUCUCAUCUUGUCAGUUCCACCCAUCUCAUCUUCUCUGUUCCACCCAUCUCAUCUUGUCAGUUCCACCCAUCUCAUCGUCUCAGUUCCACCCAUCUCAUCUUCUCAGUUCCACCCAUCUCAUCUUCUCAGUUCCACCCAUCUCAUCUUCUCAGUUCCACCCAUCUCAUCUUGUCAGUUCCACCCAUCUCAUCUUCUCAGUUCCACCCAUCUCAUCUUCUCAGUUCCACCCAUCUCAUCUUCUCAGUUCCACCCAUCUCAUCUUCUCAGUUCCACCCAUCUCAUCUUCUCAGUUCCACCCAUCUCAUCUUCUCAGUUCCACCCAUCUCAUCUUGUCAGUUCCACCCAUCUCAUCUUGUCAGUUCCACCCAUCUCAUCUUGUCAGUUCCACCCAUCUCAUCUUGUCAGUUCCACCCAUCUCAUCUUCUCAGUUCCACCCAUCUCAUCUUGUCAGUUCCACCCAUCUCAUCUUGUCAGUUCCACCCAUCUCAUCUUCUCAGUUCCACCCAUCUCAUCUAGUCAGUUCCACCCAUCUCAUCUUCUCAGUUCCACCCAUCUCAUCUUCUCAGUUCCACCCAUCUCAUCUUGUCAGUUCCACCCAUCUCAUCUUGUCAGUUCCACCCAUCUCAUCUUGUCAGUUCCACCCAUCUCAUCUUCUCAGUUCCACCCAUCUCAUCUUCUCAGUUCCACCCAUCUCAUCUUGUCAGUUCCACCCAUCUCAUCUUGUCAGUUCCACCCAUCUCAUCUUGUCAGUUCCACCCAUCUCAUCUUCUCAGUUCCACCCAUCUCAUCUUCUCAGUUCCACCCAUCUCAUCUUCUCAGUUCCACCCAUCUCAUCUUGUCAGUUCCACCCAUCUCAUCUUGUCAGUUCCACCCAUCUCAUCUUGUCAGUUCCACCCAUCUCAUCUUCUCAGUACCACCCAUCUCAUCUUGUCAGUUCCAUCCAUCUCAUCUUGUCAGUUCCACCCAUCUCAUCUUCUCAGUUCCACCCAUCUCAUCUUCUCAGUUCCACCCAUCUCAUCUUCUCAGUUCCACCCGUCUCAUCUUCUCAGUUCCACCCAUCUCAUCUUCUCAGUUCCACCCAUCUCAUCUUGUCAAUUCCACCCAUCUCAUCUUCUCAGUUCCACCCAUCUCAUCUUGUCAGUUCCACCCAUCUCAUCUUCUCUGUUCCACCCAUCUCAUCUUGUCAGUUCCACCCAUCUCAUCGUCUCAGUUCCACCCAUCUCAUCUUCUCAGUUCCACCCAUCUCAUCUUCUCAGUUCCACCCAUCUCAUCUUGUCAGUUCCACCCAUCUCAUCUUCUCAGUUCCACCCAUCUCAUCUUGUCAGUUCCACCCAUCUCAUCUUGUCAGUUCCACCCAUCUCAUCUUCUCAGUUCCACCCAUCUCAUCUUGUCAGUUCCACCCAUCUCAUCUUCUCAGUUCCACCCAUCUCAUCUUGUCAGUUCCACCCAUCUCAUCUUCUCAGUUGCACCCAUCUCAUCUUGUCAGUUCCACCCAUCUCAUCUUCUCAGUUCCACCCAUCUCAUCUUCUCAGUUCCACCCAUCUCAUCUUCUCAGUUCCACCCAUCUCAUCUUCUCAGUUCCACCCAUCUCAUCUUUUCAGUUCCACCCAUCUCAUCUUCUCAGUUCCACCCAUCUCAUCUUCUCAGUUCCACCCAUCUCAUCUUGUCAGUUCCACCCAUCUCAUCUUGUCAGUUCCACCCAUCUCAUCUUGUCAGUUCCACCCAUCUCAUCUUCUCAGUUCCACCCAUCUCAUCUUGUCAGUUCCACCCAUCUCAUCUUGUCAGUUCCACCCAUCUCAUCUUCUCAGUUCCACCCAUCUCAUCUUCUCAGUUCCACCCAUCUCAUCUUCUCAGUUCCACCCAUCUCAUCUUCUCAGUUCCACCCAUCUCAUCUUGUCAGUUCCACCCAUCUCAUCUUCUCAGUUCCACCCAUCUCAUCUUGUCAGUUCCACCCAUCUCAUCUUCUCAGUUCCACCCAUCUCAUCUUCUCAGUUCCACCCAUCUCAUCUUCUCAGUUCCACCCAUCUCAUCUUCUCAGUUCCACCCAUCUCAAUCUCUCAGUUCCACCCAUCUCAUCUUCUCAGUUCCACCCAUCGCAUCUUCUCAGUUCCACCCAUCUCAUCUUCUCAGUUCCACCCAUCUCAUCUUGUUAGUUCCACCCAUCUCAUCUUCUCAGUUCCACCCAUCUCAUCUUGUCAGUUCCACCCAUCUCAUCUUCUCAGUUCCACCCAUCUCAUCUUGUCAGUUCCACCCAUCUCAUCUUCUCAGUUCCACCCAUCUCAUCUUGUCAGUUCCACCCAUCUCAUCUUCUCAGUUCCACCCAUCUCAUCUUGUCAGUUCCACCCAUCUCAUCUUCUCAGUUCCACCCAUCUCAUCUUGUCAGUUCCACCCAUCUCAUCUUGUCAGUUCCACCCAUCUCAUCUUCUCAGUUCCACCCAUCUCAUCUUCUCAGUUCCACCCAUCUCAUCUUCUCAGUUCCACCCAUCUCAUCUUGUCAGUUCCACCCAUCUCAUCUUCUCAGAUCCACCCAUCUCAUCUUGUCAGUUCCACCCAUCUCAUCUUGUCAGUUCCACCCAUCUCAUCUUCUCAGUUCCACCCAUCUCAUCUUCUCAGUUCCACCCAUCUCAUCUUCUCAGUUCCACCCAUCUCAUCUUGUCAGUUCCACCCAUCUCAUCUUCUCAGUUGCACCCAUCUCAUCUUGUCAGUUCCACCCAUCUCAUCUUCUCAGUUCCACCCAUCUCAUCUUCUCAGUUCCACCCAUCUCAUCUUCUCAGUUCCACCCAUCUCAUCUUCUCAGUUCCACCCAUCUCAUCUUCUCAGUUCCACCCAUCUCAUCUUCUCGGUUCCACCCAUCUCAUCUUCUCAGUUCCACCCAUCUCAUCUUGUCAUUCCACCCAUCUCAUCUUCUCAGUUCCACCCAUCUCAUCUUCUCAGUUCCACCCAUCUCAUCUUGUCAGUUCCACCCAUCUCAUCUUGUCAGUUCCACCCAUCUCAUCUUCUUUGA